CGCGCGACCGUUAUCCAACCGACCGAAUUUCAAAUUCAAAAUCGUCAACGACCGCCGAGCAGCAGCCGCCGUCUCGCCGUCGUCGUCCGCGCGAAAAACGUAACAGCUUGUAUUUUUUUUUCCUUUAAAAAAAAAAAUAAAUAUUUUCAAACCGUCGUUUUUCGCUGCUACCACCGCCGCCAUCCGUCGACCGGCUCACGAGUCACGAAACACAUAAACGCGCGGACUUGGUCGUGCAAUUCUUUCGUCGUCACAGAGGCGCGAGCAAGUAACAUACACACCACUAGCACACGGACUUACGACCAUGGUGUUGUCGGACGUCAACGGAAACGGUAAGAAAUCGGCGGCCGAACGGUGGCUAAGACAGCGCAACGGGCAGCGGGCAUCGGCCGUCCGAUGCAUAUUCGGGCCACCCGAGAAACGGGCCCAUCUCAUGGUGAUCAUGCGGAACGAGGCUGAAAUGGAGCGAAAACGGAUCGAGUUCGCGGCCCGGUACGAGCCGGUGGGCAUGUCGCCGAGCGAGCGGCGCAACUUUUUCGCGGGACUGAUCAAAUCACCGCCGACGUCGUCGCAUCAUCAUCAUUACAACAACGAACAUAGUACAAAAAAUUUGAAAGGCGAUAAUCGCAAUCACCACUACCAACAACAACAACAACAACACCAUCAUCACUAUUACCAGCAACAAAAGCAGCAAAAGAACAAUAGUUUCAAUCAACCACCCGACGACGAAAGAAAUUGACUACGAAAUUGACCAACUAUUGUGCGUGAUGGGGGGGAUGUAUCAUAAAUCGUAAUCGAUAUUAUAAUAUAUUGUGUAACAUUGUACCUAAAUCGCAACGAUCUCUAGCCCCACAACUCGUACAACUACAGAAAAGACCAUUUGUCCGUUUCCUUCUACAUCUGUCUACGUUAUGAAUCGUCUCAUUUGCUACACGAAAUCCGCGCGUAAUUAAGGUUUUUGGGUGUAUAAUCGGGUUAUUAAUAUUAAAAGUGUAUUAAUUUUUUAUUUCAUUUUCGUUCCGUUCAAAGUGUUCGUGGCGUAUGGUUUCACGUUUGCUAACGACCACUUUGUACCUAUUAUAUUUUAAUACCUAUAAUAAUAUUGUUUAGACUUAUUGAAACUUGACGCUCACUACGGGUCCACAACGUAAUUUAUUGUAACAGAGUACUCAUAUUAUUUUUAUUUUUAUUAAAUUAUAUUAUUUGCGUGUUGUUGUCCGAGUUUUACACUCACAAUACAUGAUGCUCGAGUAUGCAUGUAAAAUAAAUAUUACGUUAUAUUAAUGCGAGUAUUAAGAAGAAAAAAAAGAGAAAACAUUCGACACAUAAAUAUUUGUACAACUUAACAAUCGUCCUGAGUAGUGUUUGUGUGUGUAACAACGUACGUAAUAAUUAUUUACUCCUGCAUCUAUACGAACUCAGAUAGAAAAGGUCAAUAAAACUAUAACAAACAACUCGGUUCAACUAUAGAUUCGAAUAAUAAUCGUAAAAUCAUUUAAUUUUAUUUCGUUGUACUCUUUUUUUUAUUUUUAUCGUCUCGUCUUCGUGUACUGUCAUCGCUAGGCCAAAAACGCUGAGAUUUUACAUAUAUAUUUAAUUUAUAUAAAUUUUUAAACACAUUUACUCCCUUUUUUCUCUCUUUUAAAAUGUAUUCAUCACCAGAUACUCAAUCGCAGCUAUAUAUGACUAUAUAUAUUAGCUGUUAAAGAAAUAUUAUAUGCAAUAUAAAUGCUAGUCCAAUUUGUUACGGUGAGAAAAAAUAUUUAUGCGUUAUUAAAAUAAUGUAUAUUAAACAUA